GGGCCGCGGGGCCUGGAGCCGGGCCGCCCGCCGCUGGCUCCGCCGCGAGGGGCCAUGUCGGGGUUCAGCUGGGGCUACGGCGAGCGCGACGGUCCUGUUCAUUGGAAUGAAUUUUUCCCUAUUGCUGAUGGGGAUCAACAAUCUCCGAUUGAGAUUAAAACCAAAGAAGUGAGAUAUGAUUCUUCCCUCCGACCUCUUGGUAUCAAGUACGACGCCAGCUCAGCUAAAAUCAUCAGUAACAGCGGCCACUCCUUCAACGUUGACUUUGAUGACACGGACGACAAAUCAGUUCUGCGUGGGGGCCCCCUCACUGGAAGCUACAGGUUACGGCAGUUUCACCUUCACUGGGGGUCUGCUGAUGAUCACGGCUCUGAGCACGUGGUGGACGGCGUGAGAUAUGCUGCAGAGCUCCAUGUUGUUCACUGGAAUUCAGACAAAUACCCCAGCUUUGUUGAGGCAGCUCAUGAGCCAGAUGGACUAGCUGUCUUGGGAAUAUUUUUACAGAUUGGUGAACAUAAUCCCCAACUGCAAAAGAUUACUGACAUUUUGGAUUCUAUUAAAGAAAAGGGUAAACAAACUCGGUUCACAAAUUUCGACCCGGUAUGUCUGCUUCCUCCAUGCCGGGAUUAUUGGACGUAUCCUGGCUCUCUUACGGUCCCACCUCUUCUGGAGAGCGUCACUUGGAUCAUUUUAAAGCAGCCCAUAAACAUCAGCUCUCAACAGCUGGCUGCAUUCCGCACCCUCCUGUGCAGCAGGGAGGGUGAAACGGCGGCUUUUCUGUUGAGCAAUCACCGUCCACCACAGCCUUUGAAGGGCCGAAAAGUGAGAGCCUCUUUCCGUUAAAAGUCGUCGCCAAGAAACCACCCCAGACAUGCCUGUGGAGAGAAAACAAAACAAAUACAAAACUCCCGACUAACUGUUCUUUCCUAGAAUUGUAAUUUAUGGGGUGAUGUUUAUGGGGUGACAUAGCCGUUUUGCCAUCAGCUUGUGCCCAAAGAAAAUCAGAUCUUUUGAAUCAAACUGACUUAAGUCACCUGUCUCAGAUUUGCACUCUUAGGUUUAUAAGCAGCAGACAUUGUUUGAUGUGGUAAAGCCCAUGGAAUACAUCUGUUUUAACCUGUGUGACCACAUGAUGGGCAUUGUAAACCUCAGAAUGUGUUAGGAAUCGUCCCUUGCCGUAGAGACUGAUCAGUCACAUCUCUCAGUGGUGUUGGCAAUAUACCUAAAUUCAUUCCCAGAAUAAUAGGAUUGUGCUACCUUUUUCUAAACAAGUGAUUCUGCUGGAUAUCUUGAUAUUCCAGUUCAUAAAAGUAGAUACUAUUUCCUUUUCAAGUGAAUUUUCAUUUGGAUUAUGUUGCUGGUUUUCAUUGCAGAGUACUUCUAAUAAACCAAACAGAAUGAGAGCUAUGGAGAGAUGGGAUAUAGUGAAUUAAAGCAUCUAUUCCACAGCUCAAGAAGAGCCCAUCCAAUUUUGGAGAGGACUUCCCCGGGAUAUAAGUAGCUAUUUAAACUUUAAUGACUUACACCACCUAUCUCAUUCACUUGGUGAUGCUAAUAAUAAACUGGCUAAUAAUUGAUCAGACACAGUGAUUGUCAGUAUAUGGCAUAAAUGAUGUUUAGGGCGUGGUUUGAAACUAAUGAGGUGCCAUGCAUGCCCAUGGGCUCGAGGGACAGACUGCCUAAUUUUGCUCUGUUUUGACAGCAGAGCAGAGAGCAGUCCUGUGAAGAUCACUGUUUUAUCAACUAAUGGGGAAAAUUACUUGAAUCUCAAAUAUUUUCUCAGUCCACAGUCCCAUCAACCCAUUUCCAUAGCAACACCUAUCUCCCCUGACACAAGUGUCCCUCCAUCUCUUAAGCAGUUUUGUAAGUUGGCUCUUGACAUUCACUUUAACGAAUGUCAUUACAGUGAGGUCCUGCUGCUCUUGCUGGUGCAAAGGCAGAGACACUCAGCAUUAACUUAAUAAUCAAAUUUAAGACGAACACAUACUCCUCUCUGCCACCUUCUGAAAGAAGUUAAUUGAGUUUCCUUAGUUGUGAUGAUUUGUUUCAGACACCUGUCUUCCUCUGGAUGUAGAGUAUCAUAAUUGAAAGAAUCCAGUAGAAAGUUGUGCAAUAAUGACAUAUAUAUUUGCAUUAAGAUGAGUUCCUAAGACAAAAGCUCCUUUGAUUUUCUUCUUCGCUUUACGUUAUCUAGCUUGAGGCCUUGUAGGAGAUUGGCAUAUAAUAAAUAUGUAAUUAAUUGAAUAUUUUAAAAACUUUAUUUUGUAUCUUCGGUAGUUAUCUUGCUGCUUGCAAUCAAAUGCACUGUUAAGUUCAGGUAACAAGUAAAGUCCAAUUUAUCUCUUGAAAAUUAUUUUUUUCUUAAAGGAAUACUUAUUAAAUCUGCCUGUGUAACCAGACAUUCUGAUGGCUUUAGAAAGACCGGUGUUGAAUGAAUUUCUUUAGUUUGGAAAGAAACUAAAGUGAGUGAGUCAAAGAAGUCUGUUUUCUCAGAGAAAGUAACUAGCAUGCAAGACAGGGAUUCUAACUACUGUGUAUGAGCAUUACCACUUUGUAAUUCACGGUUUCUGCCACAGUAUUCCAUCAGUUCUAUGCUACAAAUUGGACUUUAGUAGACUAAAAAAGUCUGCACAGCACGGAUUUCCUUGAAAAUUAUCUGCUAAUUUAUUUAUCUCUCAGAGGCAAAAGGUCUAAGUGUUAUCCAAAAUUGUUAUCUUUUGAAAAGAUUAAAGAGUUGUAAAUACUAAUCUUUUGUUUCCCACCUAGAUUGGAUCUAUAUUUGUUAAGCAUUUUGUAUUUCAACUUAAAUUGGAUUCAAUUGCAAUAAAGAUAAUGAGACAAACUUUGAA